AUGAAGACCUCCCUGAUCGCAUUUGGUGCCCUCCUCGGCUUGGCCUCGGCCCAAAAUGCCGUCGUGCAUAACCACUGUGACACCACUGUGUAUAUACAGUCGUUCCCUUAUGAUGGCAGCGCCCCCGGCCCUCUCACCACCCUUUCCAAGGGGGAAACUUUCUCCGAGAAAUUUAGACCAUCUGGCUCGACCGUCAAGAUCGCCAAGACAAAGACGCUGGAUACCCCUCUCUUCUUUGGCUAUUCGUUCUCUACUAAGCCUAAGCCGGACUACGCGUACUAUGAGCUGAGCACGGAAUGGGGCAACCCCUUCGCGGCGGAUGCCAAUUCGCUCAGUCCCGGAGCCGGCUGUGAGGCCUUUGACUGUGCGGCCAAUGAUGCCGCCUGCUACAGCACCCCAGCUCAUAAGAAGGUCUAUGGGUGCCCCCAGCCAGUCACCCUGACGGCGGACCUGUGUCAGUAA